AUGUUCUUCAAUAUCGCUCGGUUGGACGCAGGGCAUUCCGCUUGUAGCAUCAUAUGCAGGAAUGUCAAAGACGCUAAACUCAACAUCUCCAUACUAAUCGAAUGUCGGUCAGAUGUGAUCGGAUUUCCAGGAAAUGACCUUGCUCAUCCGGUAAUGCUGAAGUUAAAGACACGCGGACAACACUUGCUGCAAUCACAGAGUGUGCACAAAAGUAUUAAUAUUAUCACUGACAGGAUAAACGGCGAAUCCGAUCAUUGUGUAACCGUUACGAACGUGUUGAGUGCCGAAUCCGGCCUGUCAAGAGGUGAGCAAACUUGUCAGAAAUGGUUACAGAAACGUCUGAAAUCAAGAGGCUAA